AGGCGAGUGCAUCUGCCAAUGAAUUCGUAAUAACACUAAGGAUGACAGCCGUAUCAAACAUAGUUGGUUUUGUCCUUAAUUGCUAAAAAUCUAAAUUUAAAUUUUAUCGGCGUCUUUCAACAUGAACGGUGGAAUGAUGCGUGGCAAUCAGAUGCCGAAUGUUACUCUAACAAUUCAACCAUCUACAUCGUCAAUGCAGAAUUCUCAGCCGAGAAUUAUGAACAAUCACCACCAUCCGCAUAAUCGAUUUCAAAGAGAACAUGUGAUGCCAGACGUGAUGGGUGAUGGUCCUGGACGGCGGUUGAGGAAGAAUGUGGCAAACGUUAGAAGACAUGUGGAUUAUGUUUCUACUGUAUUGAACCAUUGCGAGAACCGACUUUGGCAAUAUGGCAAACAACGGAUUCUUCAACAACCCGAUAUCUUAUACCAACAAUAUGCCGUCCCUGCAGAUUCAACUCCUGAUGUUCCAGUGGAUUGCAUAUUGACAAAGUUCAUACGAACGGCCAUGAAUAAAGUCAAAUGCCCGGUUUAUAGUGUUUGCUGGUCGCCAGAGGGUAAACGAUUGAUCACAGGAUGCCAAACUGGCGAGUUCACACUGUGGAAUGGCACAGCCUUCAAUUUCGAGACGAUUCUUCAGGUAAAGCACACAACCCGAUGGAUUACGAUUUUGUAUAUUAUGUUCACCUUUUUAUGCUCAACCAAUAAAGUAUUCACAUCGUUUCUAAUGCGGCAUUUCGCGGUAUUUGAUGUGAAUAAAAGGUUUUCAUUUGGCAUUUUCUAAGUUUUGUGCACACAAUCAGACGUGAUAGUAGAAAAGUUUGAAAAAAAACGGACUUGUCGUUGAAAUAUUUAUAUAUGCGCAAGAGUUCGAAAGUUCUAAUCGCAUAAAAUUAUAAUUCAUUUUUUGAGCUUUUGAGACAGAAUCAUGCUCAAAAUAAAAUAACUUUUUAGGCUCAUGACUCUGCGAUUCGGGCUCUAAAAUGGGCAUCCAACGAGCAAUGGCUUUUAAGUGCGGAUCAAGGUGGAUAUGUGAAAUACUGGCAGCCGAACAUGAACAACGCGCACAUGUUUUCAGCACACAAGGAUGAAGCCAUCAGAGGUCUGGCGUUUGCUCCAACCGAUGUAAAGUUCGCGACAGCUUCCGACGACGGAACUGCUCGUGUCUGGGAUUUUGCUCGCUACACCGAAGAACGUGUCCUUCGAGGCCACGGAGCCGAAGUUCGAUGCAUAGAUUGGCAUCCAACAAAAGGUCUGAUCGCGACAGGAUCUCGUGAUACUCAGCAACCUGUUAAAAUCUGGGAUCCAAAGUCCGGUUCUUGCCUAGCAACGUUACAAGAGCACAAGAGCAGUGUGAUGGCGGUAGAGUUCAAUAAGAAUGGAAAUUGGUUGUUGACUGGCGGAAGAGAUCAUUUGGUGAAGAUGUACGAUAUUCGGAUGAUGAAGGAAAUGAGGACGUACAGAGCGCACAAGAAAGAAGUAAUUUCUCUCGCAUGGCAUCCGAUUCAUGAGGGUCUUUUUGUGUCUGGUGGUGGAGAUGGUUCAAUAGUCUACUGGAUGGUUGACGGAGAGAAAGAGAUCGGACUGCUCGAACAUGCUCACGAUCAAGCGAUUUGGUCGAUGAAAUGGCACCCACUUGGACAUAUCCUGGCCACCGGAUCCAACGACAAUAACACCAAGUUUUGGGCCAGAAAUCGACCAGGCGACACUGUUGAAGACAUUUUUGGAUUGUCCAACACCAAUAUGAUUGGACAUUUGGACAAAGAAAGAGAACCGCGAAUGGCACCACCGAAGCCAAGUAUCGAGACUCAAGAAACCUACAGGCCGGACACAUUUAUUCCUGGAAUGGGAUUGGAUGAACAUCUUUAUGAACAGCUCAAUAGAGAUCAUAACAUGAUGACAACUGAUUCGACUCUACUGGUACCUGAUGAUCUUACAAGACAGAACUUUGCUCCCAUGAUCGGUGCAAAGCGAACGUUGAUCAAGCAACCGCCUGCCAAGAAAGCACAGAGGCAAUUCGAGAGAAUGUGGAAUAAUUCCAAAGGAAUUGGUGCGGGUUCUGACGAUUUCACAACGAUGAAAGGUGGAUUGGGACGUGAAGACGCCGAAGGUGCACAGUUCGGACCUUCAAAAUCGUUUCUGGGACCUCCGACGACGGGAGGAUCGCUGUUAGGUCCAAGUCAGCCAAGACCUCAAGAGUUUCGAUCUGUACCUCCACCACAGCAGCAGCAAGGUCCACCUCCAAAUUGGAGACAUCAGGGGCCUCCGAUGUCUGGGCCAGGACAAGGAUACGGACCGCCGGGUAGAAUGGGUGGAAAUCAAGGAGGAUGGCAAAGGCCUCCACCACAAGGAUCCUAUGGAGGGCAGGGACCACCACAAGGGUCGUAUGGAGGACAAGGGACACUACAAGGAUCCUAUGCAUCUCAGCAAGGACCUCCUCCACGACAAAUUCAGCACAUUCCAUCCGAUAUUGACUACCGAACCGCUCCAUCAUCGUCAAAUGGAUCUACUGGCGAUGUGGAUAUGCGUACGAUGGUUCCCAACCAACCGCCUUCUGGUGAGCCGGAGCAUUGGAGGGGACCUCCGCCAGUUUCUCACCAACAACAGAGCCAGCAGCAGCAUCCACCUCCGAUCAACAUGCAAAGGAUGGACCCAAGAAGAGAUCCGAGAAUGUUAAGUGGAAGGUCUGAUCAAUUGAGCCCAUCCGGUCCGCCACCGCAACAACAACAAUCAUCUGCACAACAGGGAGGAAAAAAUCAGUGGAUGCCGCAAUUUGAAGCAGGCCAAAACCAAAACCAAGGAAAUUACGCUGGAAAUCGAGGUGGAGGUGUUGGCGGACGAGGGAGAGGUCGGGGGCAGCCGUAUUAAACAUUUAAACUGGGAGAGCAUGGGAGUUAGCCCGCUUUCUAUUAUUGUUAUUACUUUUUCUUUGCGAAAAAAUGUUGUGAUUGACCCAAUACCGAUCAAUUUAUUUUUACCCCUAUUUCCCAGUCGUUAUACCAUUUUUUCUUAUAUUUCUUUUUUCUUUUCUAUUUUUUUUUCAUUGAAUG